GAUGACUUGACUGUCAAAGUGUCAACUUCUUCUCUGAACUCGCUCUCUCUUCCCCCCUCUCUUAAUCCCGGCAAGUCAAUCGGACUCACUGCCCUGAUUUGGUAUACCACACACCCGUUGCCGACCUGCCUUGCGGGUAUCUGGGCUUGUUGUUGCCUGCAUCUUCUCUCGGCCUCACCCAUCGCACCUACUUGUCCACGCUCAUCAACACUCCUUCUCUCGACCCAAGAUGCCUCCCCCUCCCCCUCCCCCCCCUCCACCGCCUCCAGGUGUGGGUGCUCCUCCACCUCCUCCUCCACCACCCCCUGGAGGAGCUAUCCCUGCUGCACCACCAAGAGGCGCUGCUCAAGAUAGGAGCGCACUAUUUGCAGACAUCACCAAAGGAGGCCCGCGACUGAAGAAAGCAGUAACAAAUGAUCGAUCUGCUCCAAUGGUUGGCAAGGAAAACAAAUCCAGUGGUCCACCCCUUGGAGGAGCUCCCCCAGUUCCUGGCAUGCCCAAGCCGCCAGGUGGUUUGGCACCUCCAGCCCCUUCAGCAAAUCGGUUAAGAAGUAAUAGUGAUUCGGGAGCUGGCUCGAGUGAUGCGGGGAACGCUGCAGCUCCGCAGUUAGGUGGUCUAUUCGCUGGCGGGAUGCCGAAACUGCGAAGUCGAGGAGGCGUAGACACCGGCGCCAACAGAGAUGCAUCAUAUCUUUCAGAUUCUGAAAGCUCUCGUCCAAGACCGCCAUUGGGAGGAGCGCCAAAACCUCCAGGGUCUACCCCUCGACCACCCGGCGCACGACCGCCUCCUGCGCGUCCUAGUAGCGAAGCACCAGCUGUGAAUCCAUUGGUUGCUAACCUGCGAAAACCACCUCCAAGGCCUGGGUCACGACCGUCAUCUAUGGUAUCGGCAAUGUCAAUCAAAUCUGCACCCGAAAUCCCUCCACCACGAGCUCCUCCUCCGAUUCCAGGUGCUACCAGACCCCCUCCUCCGCCUCCGUCAGUUGCAUCAAGAAAGCCGUCCGGUACGGCUCCUCCCCCUCCGCCAUCAACAUCCAGUCCUGCGCCUCCAAGUGCACCACCUCCACCUCCAAGUGCUGCUCCUAGGCCUCCGGCAUCUGUUCCUCCUCCGCUACCCCCAUCUACCGCGCCAUCUAUACCAGCUGCACCGCCAACAAGGUCGCCUGCGAGCUCUUCACCAAUGUCAUCAAGGCCCACAUCAUAUGACGAUCACUCGACACCCGCAGUGCGUUCGACAUUAGACCCAAGCGCCUAUACUCUCACCAAUGGAAGCUCCACUCCGGCAUCACACUCCCCAUCUCCAGGUCCUGGCGGCCGUGUUCAAGACACCCGUUUCAAGUUCCAAGACGAAAGUUUAUUCCCGAAACCACGGCCAUUCGCUGGGGGUAUUCGGAAAUACCGUGCCGGCAGAGGCAGCAGUGUGCCGCUUGAUCUUAGCUCGAUAGGAUGAGCAGUAGCUGAGAUUGACUUCGUUGCAUUCGUUCACUUAAAAGCUGGGCAGUGAUUAGGAUAUUUGUAUAGCAUGAGUUGAAUACGGUUAGCAUUGAUCAUUGUGUGGAUACCCGGGAUGGUGGUGUCAUUAUAUAUAGUUAUACGAUAUCAUCUGCCUAAUCAAAUUACCAAUGUACGCAUAGACA